AUGACAAAAAUUUCCGAAGGACUGGAUAGACAAGAAUGUUGCUAUCAUACAUCUAAGACCCAAUCUUCAAACCUCAAUCACGCAUUCUUUCUUGGGGUAUUACCUUAUCUGAAAAUUAUGCUAACUAAUUAUUUAACGCGCACUCUUUUUAUCAAAUUAAAUUAUGAAUCAUUAUAUUUGCCAUAAAAUACUAUUGUACUAUUCAUACUAAUUAUUUUGUACCUUUUAACAAAAAUCCUUCAUAAUUAAUUUACUUUUGGCACACGCUUCGUUCAUUUUGCAAAUAAAACACCCUUCCAUACAUGGUGCGUGUGGGUGGUCGUCUGUUUUACUUCUUAUAAAUAUCAUGCUAUGAUCUCUGUGUCUCAUAUGAAUCUCAAAUGAAGAAGAAAAAAAAAAUGACAGCAAACAAGGAAGAGAAUGUACCAAUAAUAUCACACCAAUCAAGGCUAAGCCAGUGUUGUUGCAUGUGUGGAGAUUCUGGUCUCACUCAUGAGCUUUUUCAAUGCACAGUUUGCCAUUUCAGAUCUCAGCACAGAUACUGUAGCAAUCUGUAUCCAAAAGCCGACUCUUAUGAAGUUUGUAAUUGGUGUUUGAAUCAAAAGGCGGAUUCCAAGUCUCAGAAUUCUUCUAAUUCAUCCCCGUCGUGUAAAGACAACAGCGAAGACGAUGGAAAGAACCAGAAAAAGGGUGAUCAAAACCAUAGGAAUCACAACAACCCAAAGCUGCAAUUCACGAAGAAAUACUCCACCGGAAAACCGAAAUCGCCGGAGAAACGGCCGCCUUCCACGGCACGCAAGAGAAUAAUAAGCAACGCCCGUUUAGAGGAGAAGUUUAGGACGACGAUGACGAAGUCAGAAGAGAUAUCCAAGGGCGGGCACAUUACUAGGCAUGUUUUUAGAAACAAGGUACGGAGAUAUAAACUUUUGGAUGAGGUUUCAAGUUAAACACACACACACAAACACACAUAUAAACAUACAAUUUCUUGUCUGAAAAUGAAACUACAAGAGACUGUUUUAUGGUUUGGUUUUUCUUUCAUUUUCCCUCGAUCCAAACAGAUAAAAAAAAAACAGUGUAAUUUGGGAGAAAGUAUUAUUGGAAUGAUGGUAAAAGAAUCAUGGAUAUAUUACCAUCGAUGUCAUGUCAUAUUUCAAGAUUAAGGUAUGUGUAUGUAUGUAUGUAGUUAUGUAUGAUAGAUAAGUGGGAAAGGGAACUCAUCAAAUUUAUAGUUGACUUGGGUAAACGCAUUUGCACCAGUCCUUCAAUCUUAUAUAUAAAAUUAAUCUUUAUGCUUUAAUUUAA